ACAUAGGACACAGCGAACAGUUAAGCCCGACCCGUCUAAUUACCCAACAUCAAUUCUGGUGAGUGGUGAAGUACUUAGCUAAAGCACUCUCAGAGAUUCGCUUUCCUAUUUUCCUUCCAUGAAUACCUGUAAGUGAUGAAAUUGGUGAUUUCUAUUUCAUAAAUUUGCAUCAAAUUGAAGUUGAGUUCAAAAAGUGAAAGAUCAGUUACAGUUAGCUCUAAUGGGUGCCUCGGAAUCAACACUCUCUAGCUCACGGCCACCGGUAACUCUUCAAGUGUAUUUAGAUCAGUUGAUCAAAUCACCACCGUCUCCAAAAGAUCAGAAAGCGUCGAUCCCAUUUUAGAGAAACUCAAAGCCCUCAAAAUUACAACGCCGAUACUGACAUCACCGCCAACGGAGGGUAGCUUGACUGACAUUUUAGUGAGAAAACCAUCUUCUUCUUCAACUUCAGGUACUGUGAAUCCUAAGGUGUUGUUGGAGCUUUUCUCAAUGUAUCGUGAUUGGCAGGAGGAGAAGGCACAACAAAUUAGCAAGAGACAGGAAGAGGUGGAAAACAAGAUAGAGGUUGCAGAUGCUUUGACAAUCAAACUUCUUCAACGAUUUAGUCAUUCAGUGUCGGCAAUGAAGACAACUUCACAGCAUUUAUCAGUAGUUCAUUCAUUGCAAGUGGAACUUGGGGAGCUUAAAGGAAGGUUGACUGAGGUUAUUAGUAAUUGUGAUGCACUUUGCAAGAGAAUCGCGGCCGAGGGACCAGAUUCACUUCAGGCAUCUAUCAAGCCGUUUGUAUUCUCUUCUGAAUCAGAGUUAAUCUUCACAUUUCACUUGAACAUAAACAUAUCACUUAUGAUUAAAAAAAUCAUUGAAGAAUUAGGGAAAGAAAAGAAUAAUAAAGAAAAUAAAACCAGAUCUACUUUAAAAGAUAAAACUGUAACAACCAAUAACUGUAAGUCCUUUUCAGGAUAUUAUUCAUUAGUGUCCCAGUGUAUACAGGGAUGGCAUUAACCAUGCAUGGUGAAUCCCUAACAC